AUGGUUCUCGAGGUCCACGACGCUCAGGACUUCGUCUCCGAAAAGAGUGCCUAUGCCGUCUUCGAGGCAGACGAGGGGGCGACCUUGGCGCAGUAUGGCGUCGAAAGAGGGGCAGACGGGCUGGUCAACUGGCAACGGGACUGCAAGACACAUCCAAGGAACUGGUCGACACGGCGGAAGACGUUUGAUACUACAGUCAUCAUCUUGUUUGAGCUGUAUACGUACCAACUUGGUCAAGCGCUAGGGGGUUUCCUGAUCCCCCCUUUUUCUGAACUGUUCGGCCGCCGCCUCCCGUACCUCACCUCCUGCGCCGCCUUCUGCAUCUUCAGUCUCCUCACCGGCGUCGUACACUCCCCCGUGGCAGUCUACAUCGGCCGCUUCGUAGCAGGCCUUGCCUCGGCCGUUCCGUCCGUCGUCAUCGCCGGCAGCGUGGAAGACAUGUUCAACACGAAGCGCCGGGUAUGGAUCAUUGUCCUCUGGAACGCGGGUACAACGGUCGGCUUGUGCUUCGGACCCAUCUACGCCGCCUACAUCUCCGAGGCCGCGGGGUGGCGGUGGAUCUUUGACAGCGCGGCAAUCGUCACGGCGGUGCUGUUUGUGGCCCUCUUUGGGGUCAAGGAGAGCAGGCCAAGCAUUCUACUGGGCGGCAUUAUCAAGCAGAUCAGGAGGGAGACGACGAUACAAGAGCUGGAGUGGCAUAACCCCGACGAGGCGCGAGACUGGCGGGCCCUGGUCCGGAUCAGCGUCGUCAGGCCCGGAAGGAUCUUGCUCACAGAACCGCUGGUCGUCAUGGUCGCGCUCAUCUCUGCUUCGUCAUGGGGCAUGAUCUACUUGUUCACCGAGUCGCUCACUGUAGUCUACCUCUCUCUGGGUUUCACCAAGACCCAAGCUUCACUGCCUUUCCUAGCCAUCGCGGUCGGCGUGCUCUUCACGUUCCUCCCUCGCUUGUGGGAUAUGAAGGUCGUCCGGGACCGCCAGCGCACAAAAGUGCCCAUCCAACCAGAAGACAAAAUCAUUGGCUUCGCCUUCGCCGCUCCGGCCCAAGCCAUCGGCCUCGCUUGGUUCGCCUGGACGAUCCCGCCGGCGGUGAACGGCUUGCACUGGAUUGUCCCGACGGCGUCCCUCGUGCUUGUGGGCUUCGCGGUCAACGAGACGGCGCACACGCUCAGCGGGUAUCUCGCCGACUCGUACCUACUCUACUCGGCUUCAGCGUUUUCAGGGCUCGCGCUCGUGCGGGCCGUCGCGUCGGGGCUGAUGCCGCUCGUCGCGCACGAAAUGUAUGCCGGGUUGAACGCCAAUAUUGCCGGAUCGGUGCUUGCGGCGCUGGCGGCGGCGUUUUGCGUCACUCCGUGGCUGUUCUUCCGGUUCAGCAAGCGGCUGAGGCAGAGGAGCCCGUUUGCGAGGUUCAGUCUGGAGACGCAUUACAGAACGAACGUGGAGGAGAACUAG